GGUUCCAAGACUCCCCAGUGACAGCAGCGGCAGGAAGCAGGCGGGCGUUCAGCCGGAGCUAGGCCUAUUCUCUGAAGGGAGUGCGCUGGACAUUUCCCUGCGUAACUCCCAUCUCUGGGCCCAGAGUCUGUGCAUGGCGGACUCCCCAGGGAACUCUACCCUGGAGGAAAUUCUGGGGCAAUAUCAACGGAGUCUCAGGGAACGGGCCAGCAGAAGCAUUCACCAACUGAAAUGUGCCCUGAGAGAAGGUGAUGUCACCAUUGAAGAAGAAGCACUGGAUCCUUCCUUUAGCACCAAUGUAGGAAUUGAGGACCCUGAGAUAGCCUGGCAUGAACUGCAACAUAGCCAUGCCGUUAAACAGCUCAAAGCUAUGUUGCAUCAGCAAGCAAGUAAGGAAAAUGAGAUAUCUCCAUCAAGAAAACAAAAAAUGCCCCCUUUGAGAUCAUCAGAAUAUGAGGAAACUAAUAUGCCUACUGUACACAACCUUGUUCCUAUCAUUAAUGACCAAUCUCAAUACAUUCAUCAUUUAGAGGCUGAAGUCAAGUUCUGCAAGGAGGAACUCUCUGGAAUGAAAAAUAAGGUACAAGUAGUUGAGCUUGAAAAUGAAAGACUCCAGCAAGAAAGACUCCAGCUGAAAUCUCAAAGACAAGAGGAGACAAUGAGGGAACAAACACUUCUGGAUGCAUCUGGAAACAUGCAGAAUUCUUGGGUUACAACAGGUGAUGAUUCCAGGGUAAAUGAAGCUGCCAAGAAAAAACCAUUUUUCCAUGAUGAUGCAGAUAUUGGCAAAGCUACAACUAUUGGAGAGGCUGAAAAAUGGAAGCUAGAACUAGAGGGGUUAAAACUUACAUAUGAGGCAAAGAGUGAAAUCCUGGAAUCUCAAUUGACAUUUUUGAGACAUUCUAAAAAUUACUCCACCUCCUUUGGGCUGCUUGAGAGUCCUCAAAUCUCAAGAGUUGAAGACGUAUAUUUCAGCCAGGAGGAAUGGUUGUUGGCGUUUCCUCUGCAACAGAAAGACUUAGCUGAAUAUCAGAAAAACUGUGAAGAUCUUAGAGAGCGAUUAAAGCAUAAAGAGUCUCUUCUUGCUGCUAAUAUUUCCAGCCAUGUUGGUGGCCUUUGUUUGAAGUGUGCUCAGCAUGAAGCUGUUCUUUCCCAAACUCAUAAUAACGUACACAUCCAAACCAUCGAAAGACUGUCUAAAGAAAGAGAUGACUUAAUGUCUGCACUAGUUUCUGUAAGGAACAGCUUGGGAGAUAUGCAGCAAAGAGAAACAAGUGCCUAUGAACAGGUGAAACAAGCUGUGCAUAUGACUGAGGAAGCCAAUUUUGAAAAGACCAAGGCUCUAAUCCAGUGUGAGCAGUUGAAGAAUGAACUGGAAAGGCAGACAGAAAGGCUUGAAAAAGAACUUGCAUCUCAGCAGGAGAAAAGGGCCUUUGAGAAAGAGAUGAUGAAAAAAGAAAUAACGAAAGAAAGGGAGGACAUGGAAUCAAAGAUGUUGAUCCUGUCUCAGAAUAUUGCCCAACUUGAGGCCCAGGUGGAAAAAAUUACAAGAGAGAAGAUUUCAGCUAUUAAUCAACUAGAAGAAAUUCAAACCCAGUUUGCUUCUCAGGAAAUGGAUGCCACCAAGGUGUGUGGAGAAAUGCGUUUUCAGUUGAAUAAAACCAAAAUGGAGAAAGAUGAGGCAGAAAAGGAGCACAGAGAGUACAGAGCAAAAACUAAAAGGGAUCUUGAAAUUAAAGUUCAGGAAAUAGAGAAAUUGAGACUAGAACUGAGUGAAAGCAAGCAGCACAUGGAACAGGAGCAGCAGAAGGCAGCCCGGGCCAGAGAGGAGUGCCUGAAACUAACAGAACUGCUGGGCGAAUCCGAGCACCAACUGCACCUCACCAGACUGGAAAAAGAUAGCAUUCAGCAGAGCUUCAGUAAUGAAGCAAAGGCCCAAGCCCUUCAGGCCCAGCAAAGAGAGCAGGAGCUGACACAGAAGAUACAGCAAAUGGAGACCCAGCAUGACAAAACUGAAAAUGAACAGUAUUCAUUGCUGACCUCCCAGAAUACAUUUUUGACAAAGUUAAAGGAAGAAUGCUGUACAUUAGCCAAGAAACUGGAACAAAUCUCUCAAAAAAGCAGAUCUGAAAUAGCUCAACUCAGUCAAGAAAAAAAAUAUACAUACGACAAACUAGAAAAGUUACAGAGAAGAAAUAAUGAAUUGGAGGAACAGUGUGUCCAGCAUGGGAUAGUACAUGAGACAAUGAAGCAGAGUUUUCGGUGGACACAACAUCUUUUAUUUUAUUUUUAUGUGGUGCUGAGAACUGAACCCAGUGCCCCGCAUAUGCCAGGCUCCAGCAGCUGGAUAAGCAUAGCCAGGCCACAGCCCAGCAGCUGGUGCAGCUGCUCAACAAGCAGAACCAGCUUCUCCUGGAGAGACAGAGCUUGUCAGAAGAGGUGGACUGGCUGAGAUCCCAGGGCUGUACCUUAAUAGGCUUAAAUUCCCACUAGUCACCUUGGUCAGCUCAUAAGCUAAGAGGGAGCUCCUGAAGAUUGUGCUGAGCACAGCAGGGCGGCGAGGAGUGUAAGCUGAGGCCUGUCCCCAAGCAGAUCCAGGUCCAUGAAUCUCCCAGCCACACUGAGUGCUGAGUCCUACAAAACAGGGAGUACUACCAGGGUGCCAGAGGAGGGAGAAAGGAAGACUGCAUUGGUAGAGCAGGCCUCUUGGACGAGGGUGGCCUUGAUCUGCCCCUAAAGGAUUAAAACGCUUGAACUGGUUGAGAAAAGACAUGUUCCCAAUGCAGAAGGUAUGUUGUCCUAAAUUAGCCUGAGGAUAAUUGGGCUAGGAUUUUGAGUGCCUGAAAAGCACCUGGUAGUCUUACACAUUGAAUAUGCACUCUCUCUUUACCCUUCAACAAACCAGGAAGAUUGACAUUAUUGGUCUCCAUUUUUUAGAUAUGGGAAAUGAGACUCAAGCAAAUGUAUACAGCUAGCAAGUAGGGAUACAGCAAAUGGAACCUAAGUUCUGACUCCACACCUAGGCUUUCCCUAUCAGGUUAGAUAAUGGAGGCAAAAGAAUUCAGGUGAAUUUGGAGUAGGGAAUGAAACCUCUUUUCAUCUAAAUUGCUUCUUUUCCUGCCAGAGAGGUUCUGCUUUUUGCCCCAUCAAGCAAUUUUUAGGACAGGAGUUGGUCUAUGGGCUGUCAGUGGCCUCUGCCUUUAAUUAGGAUUGCACCCAGGUGCUCCAUAAAUGCCCAGGGGACUUUGUGAAGCAAGUGGUUAGAAUGAUUAAUGGAAGAAAGCAUCUGGAAAUGAAAAAUGAUGAGGAAUUGUCUCUCAUUCACUUUUCAAAAUGUCUGUGUGCUGAAGGGUUAUAAGGAAACUGUAAAUACAGAUUUCCCACUCAAAUCCCCCCACACAGUGUUUAUUUAUGCACAAAGAGUAAGUAAGCCAGUCACCACGCUAAGGCUGCAGGUAUAAACUCACCUCUACAGUCCUCUGGGCUGCUGAGGUCACUCACAGGGAAGGAAGAAUUGACGUCUGAGCCACACGCUACACCACCACAAUUGUCUGGGAUGCGUGCAACAAAUGAAAGGAACCCACAUUCAUUCCAGGGCUGCAGCUGACACAUACCUGGGCAGCGUGUCUAGGAUUGGGACCUAGGAACCUGCAUUAAAGCUGUUGGAGUAAUUCUGAGGGCCACUAAAGUCUGAGAAUCUCCAGGAUGUUUGGAGCUAGGACAGAUGAUUCUAGAUUGUGGCACUGUUUAAGGGCCUGGCCGAGUUACUUGUCUCAUGGGCCUUACUUUCCCCAUCUGCACUGUGGGAAUUAGGAAAAAGAUACUGGAGUAUUAAGUGAGUGUCACUGUAGGGUGCUCAGUGGGACCUUAGGUACUUAGUGGGCUGAAGGAAUGUCAGGGUUUUCCUUUCUUUUUUCUUUGAGAUAGAUAGGGUCUCACUAAGUUUCCCAGACUGGCCUCAAGCUUGCUAUACUUCUGCCUCAGCCUCCCUAGUAGCUGAGUUUACAGAUAUGCAUUACCCCAACUAGUAGGAUUUUUCUGUCUCAUCUCCCUGCAUCUUGAGAAGGUCCUGGGAGAUGACUAAGGGGACAUAAGCAUAAGGAAGGCAGAAACCCUGUGGAGCCAGUACUGACAGGACCAACUUCACUCCUCUCUGCUCUGUUUCUCAUUUGUGCUAGUGCCAAGUCCCUCAUCCUUCAUCCAGGCCAGAACCCAACUUGGUGGACAGGUCCUGAGGGAGGACCUGGCAAUGCCAGCUUUGUGCCUGGCAUCAAGGACACUGGGGCUACUGGAUUUCUAGGCUCCUGUCAUACAUGAUGGAAGGACCAUGACUUAUGGUGUGAGUGAAUCAAGAACUAUUUCAGAACUCAGAUUGUGGGGAGUCUUCUAUGGAGGCUCAGAGUACCAGUACUUUCCUCUUCAGCUCAUCAUUACAAUAUGAGCUUCACCUUUUAACUCCCCAUUGCCUACUUUAUAGCACACUUACGUCUUAGCAUGCUUUUAAAAGCUGGUAAAUAGUAAAUGAAUUGCAAAAAUUGCACAAAAUGCAUUAAAAAACAAAACAACAACAAACAAACAAACAAACAAAAAACCCAAACUGCAAAAUAUCCCCAGAAAAACUAGCAGGUCUUUCUUCCCUUGCUUGGAGAAGCAGCAGUGGUUUGCCUGUCCAGUACUAUCUGAUGCUGCCUCAUUUGGCUCAUCUCCAAAAGGGCCUUGCAGGUGAAAGUAUUACACGUGGAGUUAUUUUAAGAUGAAUGUGACAAAAGAAAUUUGAUAGCAGAAAUGUUGAUUUUCAGUAGCAGAUACCUAGUAGUGAUCAAAGAGGAGGGCUGGGUCCAGUUUUGCAAGCUUUCUGCCGAGUUUCUAAACUUGGAAACUGCUCUUUACAUCCAGGUGUUGCAGUGGCCUCUACACGGGGGCUGUCAGUGCCCUGGACACUGUGUUUUGUUUUUUCCAUAGAAAAAACUUGAAUUUUGAGUUAAGUUCCAAAUGAGCCUUUUGAGAUAAUAGGGCUGCUCUUUGACCCUGUACAGAUAUUUCAGAGGAAGGUGCCUUCUUGGGGUCUGGAGCAAUCAGCACACUGUUUUCCUGGAGAGAGUCCUCUAGACCCAAUGCUUGGGCAUCUGAUGUCCACAGCUGCCUUCAUCUCCGGUUUGGGGAUGGUUUAGCUAAAGGCUUCCAUUUUCUCAACACUGGAUGAAUUAAGCAUAAUAGCUUAAUUUUGUGUGUCAAACUCUAAAAAUCUCUCUUCAGUUAAUACCCAAUAGAGAAUGGAUAUUUUCUGGCCUGGGCAGCUGCUCUGAAGCUGAGUCAUGUCCCCCAUUAGCUCUUACGUCCUGAGCCUGCUGCCCUGAGCAGAGGAUCGAUGGUGGGGCUCAGGCUUGGCCUGUGGCCUCCGACAGGAAAUGUCUAGCUUGUUUAGAAGGCUUGAUUAUUCUGAAUGGCUUCUGCUUAAAUUCUGAAACAUGCAAAAUGACAUGUCUGGGGCUGGGGCUAUAGCUCAGUUGGUAGAGUGCUUGCUUUGCAUGCACAAGGCCCUGGGUUCAAUCCCCAGCACCACAUGUACACACACACACCACCACCACCACCAACAACAACAACAAAAACCCCAUAUGUCUGGUGGAAGGAGCUAGUCAUAGCUGUAACUGUCACAAUGACACUUUGGCCAUAUUAUCCCAUGGUACAGUGUGCAGUGAGGCAGCGUGCACUGCGCAGAGCCCAGGGCUCGGACCUCCCAGCCUAGGCUGGUUUUUAACUUUCUGUUCUUAGUUCAGGACUAAGACCAAUGGCUUUAUUAAUCUUCUGCCUCACAAUGAGGAAAAGAACUUCUAGAAAAUGGCUUUUAAAAGAUCAUGAAAUGGCCAGGUAUGGUGGCAUGCACCUGUAAUCUCAGCAACGAGAGGCUGAGGCAGGAGGAUUAGAAGUUUCAGGGCCAGCCUGGGCAACUUAAUGAGACCCUGUCUCAACAUGAAAAGAUAAAAAGAGCUAAGGAUAUAACUAAGUGGCAGAGCACUCCUGAGCUCAAUCCCCAGUAUCAAAAAAAAAAAACAAAAAAAAAAACACAAAAUGGCUAUAUUCGUGUAGAAAGACACGUUAAAGCACUAAUCUAACUUCACCCAACAGUGAUUCCUCUUUUUCUCAGUUACAGCACAGUCUCGUCUCUGGGCAGAUACUCUGCCUGUCUUGUGAUGGAGGGCUAGGCUGGACGCUAACACUUCCUGUCUUGGGAGGCAGGCCCUGGCUGGGGGAGGCUGGAACCUCUGGAGUGGUGGCAGGGGAUGACAUCUGGGGUAAGGGACAUGGGGCCCCAGGGGGCAUUGGACAUGACCUGACAGCUUGGAGCUGGGACAGGGUCUGCAGCCCAGAGCCUAGGGGUUUUAACAUCUGUCCAGGAAGGGUGAAGCCAGCUGGUGAGAAUGUAAGUCUGUCUGGGGGAGAAUGGCAUCUGUGAGAGGAAGAUGAACAGAAAUUAUCUGUCCACUGAGAGGAUUAUCUUAAACAUGGAGAUGAGUUUAUGUGUUUAUGUAUUUAUUUGGUAAUGACUCUUUCAGCUGACUGGUGUGUUCGGGUAGCUGUUGCCCUGGACAGGCUGUUUGGUUUGGUGCUCAGUGUUCAAUCUGGGGAGGGGAUUCCCUUUUAGUCCCUUACUAUGAAUCACUUACAGUUUAGAAAACAGAGUAGGAAACUGACUUGUCAGUGGUUCAUCAGUUGGCCCUAUGACUUUUAAAGCAUUCUUGGCAGUGAAUUUACUUUCUAAUUUGACUUAAACUUGUGCAUGGAUCCAGCAGCCAUAUGUGAUUAUAUUCAAGAUCAUUGACAUCCUCUCAUUGCACCAAAGGACUCGUCGGAUAGAGCUGAAACACAAGCAGGAGAAGCAGACAGAUUCUGAGAAGGGGAGGAGAGGUCUAUUUGUGACCGGAAGCAAGAGGAGGAAGGACUCUGGAGAUUGGGCAGCCUGGGUGAGGGUGAGCCAGGUUUGGGUCUGGCUGAGAAAGGACACAUGCAAGACCCGGGCAGUGUAGGCGUCCCAAGUGGAACCUGGAUGUGGCCACCUAGUUGGUACUUCCUAGAGUCCAAGGGCUUUGCUCAGCUGACUUAAGGCUCCCAUAUAGUUAGCUACCUGCAGGACAGAUGGUGCUUAAAUAGAACAGCAAAUACACUGAAUAAAAUAAAUUACAAAGCCUUUUCCUGAACCAAGAUUUUUUGGAAAGAAUUCUAAAUAGAUGAAAACAAACAAUUUGAUUUCAACCAAAUUGUUGUUUUUUUGUUUUUAUCCUGAUUUUCACCCGAAUUGUCAGUCUCAAAAAUAAACACUGAUACAUUCCCAGAAAAUAUUUUUCAAAUAAAAACUGACUCUGUUAAAGUUUGCCCUGAUUCUUUCAAAACUGUGUACAAGACACUGUCAACCAAAGUGACUUGCAUAUUUUUUUAAAUAAACUUGAACAUAUGCAGCUAAAAUGUCAUUAA